AUGAUGGUGAUGACGUUAGUGGCAAUGCUGAACAAGUCAGCACAUCAGCUUGUCCCACAGUUGAAGACACACAACCAAUCAAUAUGUUCCGCUUCCUGCCUUAUUGCCGCCGCCUUCGUCGCCUGCGCCUAUGCGCAAUACGAUCAUCAGGCCACCAGCAGCCAGUCCCAGGACAUUCGCCCUGAUGGCUCAUAUCAGUACAAAUACGAGACCUCCAACGGCAUUGCUGGUCAGGAAGCUGGUGUCGGUGGUGAGUAUGCCAACGGUGGCUACAGCUACUACUCCCCAGAAGGUCAGCUGGUCCAGGUGGCUUAUGUUGCCGAUGGCAAUGGCUUCCAGCCUCAGGGCUCUCAUCUGCCCGUUGGCCCAGCCAUCCCACCAGCAAUCCUCCGCUCUCUGGAAUACAUCCGCACUCACCCAUCAUACGAGUCAACGGAGCAGGCUCGCUUUGUCCAGCAGCCACGCUUCGUCCAGCAGCCACGCUUUGUGCAGCCCCAGCAGCAGUUCCGUCAGCCAGCCCGUCGCGGUUAGACUUAGAAUA